GAGCAGAGCAGAAAGCACGUUGCAACUAAACGUGGUGUAUUCGUUUUCUCAGCGUGUUGCCGUGUUGCGAUUCAAAUUUUCUAUAUAUCUAAACAGUGAUAUUGCCAAAUUUAAUUUCCCUAUAUUUGUCAGUUCUGUCACAAUAACCCUUCAGGUGGAAAGUGUCGUUAAAGCUGUUGGUUUGCCCGUUGAUUUCUUAGAAGAAGUCGACGAUGAUUUGGAAGAAAAACAAGAUGAAAAAGAUCCAGCAAAGCCCGAUAGCAAUAUUCGGAAACGACGGUAUAGUUCAGAGGAGGAUUGGGGAGAUGAAGGCUCAAGAGAUGACUACACGAAACAUUCAAGAAAACAAGAUCACCAUUCAAGAAGAGAAAAUCAAUCAAAAAAGGAUGACAGAAAAAUUGGUGAACAAGGUCCUUUAAAUUAAGAGGAUACAAAAGAGCCUAAGAGAGUUAAAGAAAUGGAUCCAAUGCUGACAUGAACAGGAGGACCUUACAUUCCUCCUGCAAAGCUAAGAAUGAUGCAAGCCCAAAUAACUGACAAGUCAAGCUUGACUUUUCAGCGUUUAUCUUGGGAAGCUCUUAAAAUCAUUCAUGGGUUAAUCAACAAAGUCAAUGUGCCAAAUAUCCCAUCGAUUAUAACAUCCUUGUUCAAAGAAAAUAAUCAAAAUAUUGUAAGGGGUCGUGGUCUUCUAACUAGGUCCAUCAUUCAGGCACAAGCUGCAUCACCAACAUUUACACAUGUCUAUGCAGCCCUUGCUGCAUUGAUCAAUUCCAAAUUUCCUAACAUCGGUGAACUGCUAUUAUCUCGCCUUAUUCUUCAAUUUCGUCGCGGGAUUCGUCGAAAUGAUAAACAAAUAUGUAUCAGUUCGACAAGAUUCAUAGCACAUUUGGUGAACCAACAAGUGGCACAUGAGCUAUUGGCUUUAGAAAUUGUAACUCUUUUAUUAGAAAAUGCAACUGACGAUUCAGUUGAAGUCGCAGUUGGAUUUUUGAAAGAAUGUGGUCAAAAGCUAGGUGAAGUCUCCCCUCGAGGAUUAACUGCCGUCUUCGAUCGCCUCCAUCAUGUUUUACACGAAGCUGACAUGGACAAACGCAUAAAGUACAUGAUUGAAGUAAUGUUUCAAGUACGAAAGGAUGGCUUUAAGGACAACCCUGCUAUCAUGGAAGAUUUGGAUUUGGUGGAAGACAAGAAUCAAUUCACACAUUUAAUGUCGAUACAAGAAGAAGAAUUGGAUCCCCAAGAUAUGUUGAAUGUUUUCAAGCACGACCUGGAUUAUGAAGCCAACGAAGAAAAGUACCUAGCUGUCAAAAAAGAAAUCAUUGGAGAUAAUUCGGGCGAAUCAGACGGUUCUGGAGAAGAAAACGAUGAAUCUAAUUCGGAGGAGGAAUCAAAAGGCGAUAUAGUUGACGAGACGGAGACAAACCUUAUUGAUCUUCGACGCGUUAUUUACCUUACUAUUCAGAGCAGUGUAGAUCACAAUGAAUGUGCCCAUAGAAUUAUGAAAAUUCAAAUGAAACCUGGACAAGAAACUGAGUUAUGCCAUAUGAUCUUGGAUUGCUGCACCCAACAAAGGACGUAUGAAAAAUUUUUCGGCCUUUUAGCCCAGAGGUUUUGCCAGAUCAAUAAGGCGUACAUACCACCAUUCGAGCAAAUUUUUCAUGAUGCAUACGACACAAUUCAUCGGUUGGAUACCAACAAGCUUCGCAACGUAGCCAAAAUGUUUGCCCGUUUACUUCUCACAGACACCAUCAGUUGGCAAGUGAUGGCUAACAUUCGACUAACUGAAGAAGAUACAACAAGCUCGUCGAGAAUUUUUCUUAAAAUUUUAUUUCAAGAAGUGACAGAGUGCAUGGGUCUCAGCAAGCUAAAUCUUCGCCUCAAAGACCCGACUUUGCAACCGUAUUUCGAAGGAGUUUUACAUCGCGAUGAUCCUCGCAACACUCGAUUUGCCAUUAAUUUCUUUACUUCCAUCGGUUUAGGAGGUUUGACAGACGAACUUCGGGAACAACUUCGGAAUCACCCUAAGCCCCUGCGAAAAUAAUCGUGAAAACCCGAUCCGUUUCCCUAAUAGAUUGAUUAUUUCCUUACUUCCGGUUUCUAAUAGCUCUCUAGUAUUGUAACUAUAAAUCGGACGUCCAAAUGAACCUGAUUUUCGGAAUCCUCGUUAAAAUUACCCUCAAUUUCAUGCGUCCUUAGAAAAUAUCCCAAAAUCGUCAAACAUCGAGAUUUUCCCUUAAGUUCAGGAAAAUUAACGAUUUUGUCCAAGUCUAAACUUUUGCCAGAAAGACCUCGUAAAGACCUCAAAUUUCACGAGGAAUAAAAAAAUUGAGUCAAAUUUCAUGUCAGCUCAGUAGUUAAGGAGCUAUCGCCUACUUCCAGUGUAGUUCCGGUACACCAAAUAUUUGGAUUUUUUACGCCAGAUGGCAGUCGACAUUGUGGUUUUUGGAUAGCGAACAAAUGUCGAAAGUUAUGUUUGCUUUUUGUUUCCUUGUUUUUACCUGUUUUUGCGUAACCAAUUCAACCACAAUUGCAUACGUAAGCAAAGCAAGUAUUUAAUUGUUCACUGAUCGCCAUAAUUUACUGUUACAUGCAACUCAUUAUUCUACUAUUCCUAUUUCCUAGUUAGUGUGGCUGUCGGGUGUUAGGGCAUUGUAGUGAUGCUAGGCUGUGCGGCGCAGAGUACUACAUCAACGUGGACCAUCUUAUUGUUGGUAUUAUUUUUGUGUUAGUAAACCCGUUGGCUGCCACCCUUUAUUCUCCCCUGUGUUAUCUUCUUAGCACGGGCCCGCGCUGUUCGGUCUCGUAUUUUUAUAUGCCAUGGGGUCGGACAGUCGCACAGCCCCAGAUUCGCCGUAAGGCGCUGUCAGGCAGUGCACCAUGGGAACUUUUCCCCUUGUCGGUGAUACCGUGAUAGAUUCUAUAGGGCGUGUAGUCCCAUCUUGUCCAAUCACCGUGUCAGCCGGGACUUGUCAGCGGUUGGCAAGUCCCACCUUGGUCAUGAAUCCUUAGACAUGGCGCGUAGAGUAGUAGAAAAACAACCUACGUGUAUGGCGUGGCAGCCAACGGGUUAAUUAUGUGUGUGUAUGUAUAAUAUAAGAAUAAAAGAAACAGACGGGCAUGUAGAACUGACGGUUUAUUUUAGAAAGAGUUAAAUAAAAACAGAAGCAGCAGCCCCGCGAUGAAGUUAAUUGUUAGUUUGUUACCGGAAUAAUCUGAGUGAUGACGGCUGCUGAUGCCUGCUUUAUUUUCGGCGUAUACCUUAUGUAACCUGCAAAGCUUGAAAUAUUUUUAAAAAUACAAACAUCACUUGAUAACUU